AUGGGUGGCGCUUUGGAGCUGGGAGUUGCCUACGAUCUUCCGUUGAUCUUUAUGGCUGGAAUAAUCGUUCGCGUUCUGGGAGUAGAUAAUCAAAAACGUCAUUUCACCUUCGGAGGCAGCGCAAAAGACUCUGACUGCGUCAUAAGUACUGUGGGAAAGUCUCAUGUGACUCAGGCCAUGAAUGGUACCGAUCUCUUUACUUCUCCUCCAAAACAACCCCCAAAGGUCCAAGUCGGCCACCCUCCACUCCCUCCACUCAAAGAUGUCCCAGAAGAACGGAUUUUAGAAAUAUACGGCCCUCCAACUAGCUUUCAGGAAGACCAGCUCAGAGACGCGUUAGAAGCUCUCUGCGACCGUCUUAACGGGCGCGACGCUGGAUAUUUUUUUGAUAGUUCCGGAGUCCGCACGUUCAUAGUGCUUGAAAAUCCAGCGGCCGUAGACGAAGCUAUUGCCAAUCGAGACAAACUCAUCAUAGAUCCUAUCCAGGCCAGUGCACAAGAUGCUCUGUCAUCCAUGGUGUUUUCCCGGGCGACCGAGUCCUUCGAGCUCAGGGAGUUUAUGAACUUUGCAAGCUCUGGGGCAGGCUUAGGAACGACACUCUCACCGUUGCAUAGUCCUCGCCCUUUCGGUGGAGGAAUGCACGCUCCUCUGACUUUUAGUGCGCUGCCUCCCCCAGCCUUGCCUAUCAACUAUUCAGGCUCCCGAAUUGGAUCUCCCAGUAUUUCAGCGCUUGGCUUGGUCAAUCCACGCACACCCAGCCCUCCAAGGAAAAGCAAAACUGCACUGGAACUUGGACUCGAAACAUUGGCUCAGCAAUGGGGCUCACCAUCCCCUGAAGCUACACGCGUCUUCCGAAGUAUUGGAAGCCCUCGAAAUACGCCGCUUGGUGCACGAUUGUUUUCCCCACUCCAUAAUUACAAUGCCAGCGAUGACGAACUUACCCGUGGUCGCGGGCGAAGUCGUCAUAUCAGCAACGAUAUACAUUCUGAUCCAACGCUUCCAGCAGCGAAAAAGGUCAAGCGACAUGCUUCGUCGGACGUAUCCCGGGUAAUGGCUGCAGACGUAUUAAACGAUCUCCUAGAGAGAAUGCGGUGUGAACUCUGUUCAGAACUCAUGGUUGACCCACACGCUCUCACAAACACCCACUGCGGCCAUUCGUUCUGUUGCUUAUGCAUUAUCCGGCACAUAAUCGACUCGCUUCCUGAAGGCUUGCCAAAUCCAGCUUUUGCACCACAGCUGAUUCGUUGCCCAAGCUGCGAUAUUGAUGGCUCACCACCAGGGUCUCCAUCUCCAUCUCCAUCUCCAGGAAGUCGAAGGGGGUUAAUAUCUCGUCAAACAACGCUUGCGUCGAUUGUUUCCUCUGUUUAUGAGACAUUGAUACAUGAAGAAGUUGAAGGAUGGGUACCACCUGAUGAAUUUAAGCGAAGAUCAUAUGACAACCGCGUAGAAGAAAAUGCGGGGGCUCUUGUGGAUUGGAACGCGUGUUGGCUAAACAGUGGCGACUUUUCGCAAUUGAGAGACAAACUCGCGCGGCGAUAA